AUCCAUCCAAUCACUCAUAAGACAAAAACACAACAAAUGACCUGACCUGAAAUUGGUACGUGACAACCAGAAUUUUUCCGUUGACACGCGUGUCGAUUGUCGAUUCCAGUGCAACAAAACCCUGUCGAUGUCAACAUCAUAAAGGUCACGACGACACCAGGCCAAGAAGAUCAUGCAAUGGCAUCUGGCGCAACGCUCGACCCCUACGAGCAGCAGUUACUGGCCGUCUUCGAGAGCUGCUGCGACGGUUCCCAGGGGGUGCUCGACCCCCGAGGUCUAACUUCCCUGUGCGAGAAGCUGCAGCUCGAGGAGCAGACUCCGCACCUGCUUGAGCGCUUGCUCGGCAGCCCCAGGUCCAACUCGCCAAGGAAGAUCACCUUCGCGCAGUUCAGGGAUGCUCUCCUUGCUUUGCUGGCGGGGGUUUCGUCUUCAGACGACUUUGACGGAUCACCUGAACGGGAAGUCAGACCAAAGUUUGUCUACGGGACUAAGAAAUACGGCCGUAGAUCCAAACCAGAAGAUGAUGACUUGACAGGCUCUGAAUCUGAGCCUCCAAGCCCUACGAGGAGAAAGGAGAGCCCCAGCAAAAUAAUGUCAGCUAGUGAAUUGGCAAAAAAGAGGAAAACUAGUCAAGAAAAGACGCAAAAGUCUGAAAAAGAAGCAAAAAGUUGGGAAGGGGAGCUAUCUGAGGAGGAGGAAUGUGUUCGCGCCACCUGGGAGAAGUUGGGCGCUGCCCACAACGGCUACCUGGGCCAAGAGGAGCUGACCCUGGUGUGCAAGGCCACCGGACUGGAGGGAGUCGCCAACGAGCUGGUCCAACAGCUGUUCACGCGGCUCGGAGUUGAACCUACAGGGAAAAUCAGUUUCGAGCAGUUUUUGCACCUUUUUAGGUCUGGAUUAGGCACUGCAGCCACGGAGGAAGAUGAUCUUACUAUGGCUGAGCACCACAGAAGUUUAUCAUUCCACGCAGACAGCUCUUCCAAGGAGCCCCUUUACAUUUCCUUGGAGACUUUCAAUAAUGGCAUGGUUAGCUCGGAUCAGCUGCUAGAAAUGCUUGAGUCGGGUGGUGUGAUGGGCGCAGCACGGCUCUUACACGACCUCGGCCUGGGUGCUUCAGCCAGGCGUCCAGUCAGCUUGCAAGAACUGGCAUACGCCCUGGAAGAGGAGGCCAAAGCCCUCACCGAGGAGCAGCAUGAAGAGUCAAGCAACCAGCGGCAGGCCACACCCGAAAAUCCACUCCUCUCCGUCCUGCAAGCGUCCGUCUUCAUUUACCAAGCUGAAGCAAAAUGUCUCAAGAAUUCGCUGGAGCAGGCGGUGUGCGAGAGGAACAAACUGAAACUGGACCUGGCCGAGGCGAACGAAAGGGCAGCAUUGAUGGCGCAGGAAGUCGACGACAGGCACAUGCGUCUCGAGGAUUCAUACAAGAAGCAGAUCCGGACGCUGGAGCAGAAGCACCAGGAUGAGGUAAAGGGACUUCAGGCGGAGUUGUCCUCUGACAGAGAACAAAUGGCUGUUUUGACCACUGGUCUCGAACUGAGAAUGGACCAAAUGCAGAGCGAGGAGUCCAAGCUGAGGGCGGAAGUUACCACUUGGCUCAAGAAAUCGGAGCUGCUAGAAAAGGAAAACAAUCAGCUGAAGGAGUUUUUGGCUGCCAGUGAUGAAGUGAAACUGCAGUUGCAGAAAAAAGUUGAUACCAUUCCAGAUUUGCAAAUUAGGCUAAGUGACUUAGAGAGGGAACAAGCAGAGGUGCGAUCGCAGCAGGUGCAGCCUCUUAUGGACAAGGUGGAACUUUUGACCACCGAAAACACAGCUUUAAGAGAUGCUAACGAUGAACUCACUCUUAAAUUGGAACAAACCACGAUUUCUAACAAGUCUUUGAUGGAGACUGAGGAUUUGGAGGUGGUGAGUCCGCGUGGGAGCAGCAAGAGAAAGGGCAGGACAGCUGACAUCUGCUCAGACGACAGCUCAGAAGAUGAAAUCCGUCCGCAAGGCAAGCAGAGGAGGAAAGCGUUGGUGGAGGACACUGAUGAAACAAAGCAGCUGAGGGAGCGAGUGGCCGAGCUGGAGAGGAAACUGGCCGAGUGCCAGGACCGCUUGCAGGCCCAAGGGUCAGAAAACGAGCCUUUGAGACGAGCAGGUGCACCUCAUUCCUCCUCUCCUCCCAGGCACCCACUCAAGCAGGUGUUUCAAGUGGUGCGGGCGCAGAUUUUGGACGAGAUCCUCGGAGAUCCUGAGCAGGUGGACGACCACCCUCUCUUGCAGGAAAUCUCGCGCCUGCAGACGCGCUGCAAGGAUCUGACACAGCUGCAGAAGACCAUGGAAGCAGAGUUUGAAAUGCAGCUGCAUGAUGCCAGAGAGGAGAGUGAAAUGGAAAUUAACUCACCAAGGAACCCAGCAAAGCAGUCUUCUAUGCCUCCAAGUCCACGAAAUCCCAGCCAGAGUGAAUCCCUGAUGGACUCGAUGGAAGGCUCAAGCAAGAACGUUGAGCAGCUGGAGCAAGAGUGCAACCACCUGAAAGAGAAUUUGGACCAAGUAAAAGUGGAGAUUGUUCGAAUCCUCUCUGACAAAGAAGCCUGCAGUAAAGAAAACUCCGUACUAAAGGAGCAGAUUUCCGAUCUCACCAGCAAGGUGGAGGCUUCGACGCAACAUCCGUCAGACUCUUUCAAGGUGGAAGAAAUAGGCGUGGACGAAAAAGUGAAGAAACUGGAAGACCGAGUGAAAGAGCUGGAAAGCUGCCUGGAACUGAUGCAGGAGGAGUAUGAGAAGUGCGAGGACUACUGGCAGGGCAAGCUGGAUGACGAGAGGAGACUGUUUGAGCAGGAGCAGGAGGUGGAGAGCAAAAAGUUCACUGAGCUUGAAGAGAAAAUCCAGGAGCUGCUGAGUCAGGAGCAGGAGGAGGCGAACAUGAAGGCGCGCCUCUCGCCCAUAGACGAAAAGGUCCUCAUGGAACAGCAGGUCAAUGAUCUGGAAGAAGAGUGCGCGGAGCUUCGGAAAAGACUGCACGCUCUGGAAUCUGAAAGUGAAAUCUAUCACAUAAUGCUGAACAUAGAGAAAAUUGAUGCAGCCGUCCAAACAGACGUCAAGCCCAAGUUAGCAGCUCUCUUUUUGAACUCAGGCACAAUUAUUUCUAGCUCAAGUGACAAGCAAAUCCAAGCCAACCUAAGCUCUGAGGAGUUAAAUCAUGUAAGGAACCCAUACGACUUGAUAUCUCCUACAGAGUGGAACAGGCGGCAGAACGGAUAUUCAAAGCAAUCAGCCACCUCAACAUUUAAGUCUGGCCUCUCAAACCUGAACCGAGCGCCAGAACAGUCGUGUCGGGUACAGUUGAGCGUGAUGCAGACCCUGAGCGAGCGGCUGCAGCAGCAGGAGGUGAAGGGGCGUCGACUUGAAGCUGCCCUCUCUAUCAACCAGUUGAACACGCAACGGCUGAUCCAGCAGCACCAAGAAGAAAUCGUUUCCCUGCAGGCUGCCAUCCAGGCGGGACAACUCCGGCUGCAGCAGCAAAUCAUAGCCUACGACGAACAGUCGGAGAAGUUGGCAAGUGCGGACAUGCUGGUGAAAGAACUGUAUGUGGAAAACGCGUACUUGACAUCCUCCGUUGAGCAGCUGGAGAAGAAGUGCAUUUUCCUUACGCAGCACGCGCCUGGCUCAGCCUGACCUUCCGUGAAUCGUGUCAUCCUGAACGUCGUACAAACCACCUUUCCCACACGGCAUUGAUUUCGCAUCUUGCUAUUAGUGUAAUUUUUCAUAUCAGUCACCAUUUUAGUGCCACCAUUUUUAUUAAGUUGAUUAGUUGGUCGUAGCUGGCCACUUUGUCGAAUCUGUCUGUUCUAAAAUGCUGUUUUCAAGUAGGCUAUUGGCUAAAAAUGAAAAGGUCCGUCCGGCGGAAGAAUGAGAACAAUGCUGAGGCCUUGAAAGAUAUGAUCUCUCAAUGUGAAAGGAAUGCAAAAAUAAUCAACUGUCUACUGAUCAAAAACCAUUCCUACUGAACCCUAAUUUUUAUCAUUCCACGUGCCUAGGUCAGGAAACAGAAUAACUACUACAGACAGCCAUCAGUGAAUGUUCCGAUAAAUUUUAGAAUAUAUAACAUUCUGAAGAAUACUGUGCUUCUACUACUAUACGCACUUGUUGGACAACUUUUUUGCCAUUGUUGGUAUAGUAACGGACAGUUCAUUGUUGACAACUAUUAUUACUGAGCGUGAUUUACAUGAUGUAAUCAAUUAAAAGACAUGAGUAUUUUGUCGCUGCUGAAAAAUAUUUAAUGACAAAAAUGAAACGGAACGGCGCGCCAAUACUAUAAUAAUGAUCGCUGAUGAGAACCCCUACAGAUGUGGUGGAAUGUUACAUUUGAAAGCGUGAGCAUUUGACUUUUUGUUUCACACAAAUAUAUUUUAUGCAGAGAGUAAAA